GUUCUUCUUUUCAUUCUUCAACUUCAAUCCUGUCUUGUCUCUUUCUUUUUUUGCUUACCUGCAACCGGUAUAAGCUGCGGUAACUCUAUGUUUUAAUCACCGUUUUUUGGUUACUCCCUUCUUUUUCUCUGCACUAACUUGAAAAUUCAUUUGAUAAUGUAGUUUGGUAAUAUGAAUGCUUGUUGACGUGGUGGCUUGCGCUUGAUCCCUCUUUUUUCACUGAAAAUAGGAAAUAAGUCACUUCAAUGUUUUGAUUAAAAAUCAACCACAACAUAGUGACCAUACCAUUUUCACCAUGACAAAGAUUACUCCCGACGUUGAAAUCAAGAUGCCAAUGGAGGCAGUUCCGCCAGUUUCAGCUGACGUGAGCUUCAUUUAUAAUAGUUUUCCCAAGUAUAAAUUGGGAGCCGAUAAUCAAAUUCUGGAAGAGCCCGUUGAGGAUAAUCAGGGUCCUUCUUUGAAGGAUGUUAUUGAACAAGAAGCUUCCAAUUUGUCAGACCAGCACAAGCGUAUCUCAGUUCGUGACCUUGCCAGUAAAUUUGACAAGAACUUGGCUGCAGCUGCUAAGUUGUCUAAUGAGGCAAAGCUAAGAGAGGUGGCAUCUUUGGAGGGACACGUUCUUUUGAAAAAACUAAGAGAUGCAUUAGAAUCUUUAAGAGGUCGUUUUGCAGGAAGAAACAAAGAGGAUGUGGAGAAAGCUAUCUCUAUGGUGGAAGCAUUAGCUGUUAAGUUGACUCAGAAUGAAGGAGAACUGAUUCAAGAGAAGUUUGAAGUGAAGAAGCUUGUCAACUUUCUCAAACAGGCUUCUGAAGAUGCUAAAAAGUUGGUUAAUCAAGAGAAGUCUUUUGCAUGUGCUGAAAUUGAAAGUGCAAGGGCAGUGGUGCUGAGAAUUGGAGAGGCACUUGAGGAACAAGAAAAAGCUUCCCAAGCUUCUAAACCACAGGAUGUGGAUGGACUAGUAGAAGAGGUUCAAGAGGCUAGAAGAAUCAAAUUGUUGCAUCAGCCAAGCAAGGUGAUGGCCAUGGAAUAUGAACUCCGUGCUCUAAGGGAUCAAAUUCGAGAGAAAUCUUUAUUUUCAAUUAAGCUUCAGAAAGAGCUAACCAUGAGCAAGAGGGACGAGGAAAAUAAAUCUCGUUUAUAUAUGUUAGAUGGUUCUGACGCUUUGGGUUCAUAUCUGCGAAUCCGGCCCUGCUCAGACGAAGUGCCACAGGUUUCAAAAUGUUUAUUUCAGUGGUAUCGCCUGUCAUCUGAAGGCAGCUGGAGGGAAGUUAUUUCAGGUGCCAAUAAAUCAAUUUAUGCUCCUGACCCGUCUGAUGUUGGGAGAAUCUUACAAGUAGACAUUGUCUCCAAUGGCAAAAAACUUACACUAACAACUAAUCCCAUUCAAACUGUUUCAGGACUUGGAAGCCAUGUGGAGGCACUUCUACGAAAAUCUAAUACUGAUUUUAAUGUAGUUAUUUCUCAGAUGAAUGGAAAAGAUCACUCUUCACAUUCUACUCAUUCAUUUAACGUGGGGAGAAUGAGGAUAAAGCUAUGCAGAGGUUGGAUUACAAAAGCUAGAGAGAUUUACUCCCCAUCCAUGCAGCUUUGUGGAGUCCGAGGUGAUGCCAGUAACGCAGCGAAGGCAUUGUUUUGGCAAGCUAGGAAAGGGCUCUCCUUUGUAUUAACCUUUGAAUCCGAGAGAGAAAGAAAUGCAGCCAUUAUGGUUGCCAGGAAAUAUGCUCUUGAUUGCAAUGUCGUGCUUGCUGGGCCAGAUGAUCUAGUGUAGAAGCAAAAUUAACUGACCGAGUUUUUCCAACAAACGUGAGUUUUAUCAGAUUCUUGGUGUGAGUAUACAUGUGUGCUUGUUUUGUUAAAGAAAGAUAUGAUUUUAUCUUUGUGAUUGGGUUUCCACUAAUUGGGUUGCAUUGUUUU